AUGAGCGAAAUUGUACAACAAAUCAUGAACAAUAGUUGUUUGGCAGAGCCCAUCACUCCAGAGCUAUGGAAGAACCUUCAGCUCAACACAUACUUAGAAAACUUUCCAGGUGCUCAGAAUAUCACAUUGUCUCAAUAUGCCAAGAGUGUGCAUGCCGCUAACUUCUUUUGUGGGAUUGGAAGGCGAUGCAUGGCUGGUCAGCCUUGCGCCCCUGUUCCAAAGAUGGAUUGGUUGGUACUUUACUCUACCCAGCAAUGGAACUUUUACAUGAACUCUUUAUAUGAGGCCAUCGAGUCAGCUAUCAACAUAGUCCGCGGUCUUGCAAUCUUCGGCGGAUCCCUUGCUGGUCUCGUCUUGCUCACGGCGGCCGUCAUUGCUUAUGUUGGACCGAUUGCGUUUGUGCUCCUUGAUAGCGUGGCUGCUGAAGCCGCUACAGGAGAGACACUUGCCGUCAUUCCGACUGUUGCCACUACUGGACUGGUUAGACGACAUGUACAAGAAACGCUUUCCACCGACUUGUUUGCGGCUUAUGCUAAAUUAGAUUCAGACAUCACUAUGUUGCAUGCUAAACUCAAAACUGUGCUCUUCAACAAAAUGGGUGCGAUUUUGAAUAACCCGAUCCAUUCAGAUCAAGGUUUAUCAAACCUCUUGAAAGACGGGGUUUACCUCACACCUAAUCCCAGCAAGUCGUCGCUUCAACUAGGUGCACGAGAGGUUGCUCAGCUUACAGUCAUGUCAGAGUUGUUCAAGUCUUUGCAUCCUUGCACCAGCGAUGGCCCCAAUGGAGCUUUAGAGGGUGAAGACGUGUUGUCUUACUGUGCUGACGAUGGCUUAAUGAUGAACAUUGUCCAGGCUGAUGGCGAUCAUCUGGUGGAAAAAGUCACCAAUUCUCACUUGCUCGAAUCGAAGUAUGGGUAUAAAACCCGUUACCUAGUCACUGAAGCUUGGAGCUGUCAACAAAAAUCUGUCAACGGGACAGUCGCACCCGGCGAAAACAGGAUGAACAGUGAAUGCGUUUUCACUAUUCCAGUUUGUGAUCUACGAAUUCCUGCAAUCAAGAAACAGCUCGAUGAUAAUGACGGAAUCGUAGUAGCCUGCCGAGAAGCCGGCAAUCUACCCAUCUGA